AUGAUUUUACAUUUUUUAAAACAAAAACCAACUUUAAAACUUUUUAAAAGUGCUUUUUCUUUUAUAAGUACCAUGACUGAUAUAGAACAAAUCACUGAAACAAUCCGGCCAGUUGUUGUAUCUGGACCAUCAGGGUCGGGAAAGUCAACUUUGCUUAAACGUCUUUUUCAAGAUUAUCCUGACAAAUUUGGAUUCAGUGUAUCUCACACUACUCGUUCGCCUCGCCCGGGAGAGGAAAAUGGUGUUCAAUAUCACUUUACAUCACGUGAAGAAUUUGUUGAUCUCAUUAAGCAGGAUAAAUUCAUUGAAUAUGCAGAAUUUUCGGGAAAUUUAUAUGGAACUAGUAUUGAUGCUGUUAAGUCUGUCUUAAGUCAAGGAAAAUUUUGUAUCUUGGAUAUUGAAUUAAAUGGAGUAAAAGCUGUCAAAAAAACAGAUCUUAAUGCACGAUUUGUUUUUAUUAAACCACCUUCGUUGGAAGCUCUUAAAGAAAGGCUUAUUGGUCGUAAAACUGAGACUGAAGAAUCUAUACAAGCACGUCUUAAUGCUGCAAAGGAAGAACUAGCCUACGCGGAUCAAGAAGGUUCACAUGAUAUAAUUAUAGUAAAUGAUAAUCUAGAUACUGCAUAUGAAAAAUUUAAAAAUUUCAUUGUUGAAGGCAAAUCUUAG